CAUACAAACCAUGAAUCCUUCCGGCUGUUGCACUUCGAAUGGUUUGGUCAGUUAAACGUUGGUCAAUUGUUCUGGUUUGACGAUCUCCUCGUCUGUUUGAUCGAAAUGUCAAUGGGAUUCGUGCUUUAAAUGACCUAACACAGCAAGACUAGCUCCACUGACUUGAAUCCCGGGCGCUCUGCCGUGGACAACCCGCGAUUUGAGGAGGAGAAAACUGCCGGCGUCUCCCUGAAUGUGAGCGCGCCGUCCUUGCGAUAUAACCGCUGGUCAGGAUGAGCGGAGGAGAGGUGGUUUACUGCGGCUGGUUAAGAAAAUCCCCGCCAGAAAAGAAGUUGAGGCGAUAUACCUGGAAGAAGCGUUGGUUCAUCCUACGUAGUGGACGGAUGAGCGGUGACCCCGAUGUCCUGGAGUACUACAAAAAUGACCAUUCCAAAAAGCCAAUCCGUGUGAUAGACCUUCAUUUCUGUGAGCAAGUCGAUGCAGGACUAACAUUCAAAAAGAAAGAGUUUCAAGACAGCUUUGUGUUUGACAUCAAAACAAUUGAUCGUACUUUUUAUCUGGUGGCAGAGACGGAGGAAGAAAUGAACAAGUGGGUCCGAUCCAUUUGCCAGAUCUGUGGCUUCAAUCAAUCUGAUGAGAAUACAGAUGUUGCCAGAAAUGCAGCAGUUGGAUCACAGGUUCCUCGUUCAUCUAUUGCUAACUUUGGUCUAGUUGGAGAACAUGGUGUCCAGAGCUCUGCACAUGCCAGUCAACCAUCGGUAUUCACAUUUGAAAACCCAAUCCAGCUUCAGUCUGUUCUUUCAUCCAGUGCACCACAAGACUACCUCUUUCUCCACCAAUGUAUGAGCAAGAAGACCGAAAAUGCUAGGAGUGCCAGUUUUUCUCAGUCUAUGCACUUGCCUGGGUCCACAAAGAGGGAUGGAGAGACCACUGCACAAAAAUCACCACGGGGUUACUCACAUUGUGUCAAUGGGAUCAAUGGACAAAUUCAUGGAUUUCAUAGUUUACCAAAACCAGCAAAACAACACAUGGAGCAAAGAGACACCAGUACUUACGACUUGCCUAGGAGUCUGGGGUCUGAUGAAGUGGUCAGAUUUGGCUCACCAGGGUUAGACAAUGAUGAUGAAGCAGUGUACACAUACAAUACUCCCAAUAGCACUCUUUGUAGGCGGCUUAGUGAGAUUUCCACAGACUCUUAUGAUGUUCCGUCCACACCUACGUCCAUCUACCAUAUUCCAAGGACAUUCACCUUUGACAAAAACCACAACACGCUAUCCACAGGCUCUGGUGAGUCAGCCUCUGUACCCCCUCCACGGCCACCAAAGCCUGCACAAGUAGAUUGGAAGCCAGAAAGGAAUAGCCCUAAGCAGCAUCCUCAAAAUGGCAAGGGCAAACAAACAACGUCUGCAGCAACAAUCCCCAGAAGAAAUACCAUUCCUGCAGCGGAUAGCAACAGACUUCACAGAGCUUCUUCGUGUGAAACAUAUGAUUAUCCCUGUCUUACUGCAAAUACUGAAGGCCGUUCCGUGGAGUCUGUUAAUGAUGGAUUCAGCUCUUACUUGAGAACAAAGUUCACAGCAUCCCAGUCAGAAAGUGUGGAAUCCGAGGACAACUAUGUGCCAAUGAACCCAAGUUCCCUGUCCCCGUUUGUUACAACCAGUUUGGAAAGUCAUCAAGAUGUCUACAUACCCAUGAGUCCUGGUCCCCACCACUUUGACUUCUCUGGAUUCUCUUCGGCUACAUUUCCUACCCGCAAAGGAAGUACAGCUUCUUUCUCCUUCAAACCUAAUUUUCCUACAGACUUGCUACCACCUCCGGUCAACCGGAAUCUUAAACCAGACAGAAAAUCCAAGGCAGGACCUUUUGAAACCAGAAACCACACAGUCAUUGAUGAACUUCCCUUCAAGUCUCCCAUUACCAGAUCUUGGUCCAGACCAGUAGCUGCUGUAAACCCCAUUUCUUCACAAAAUUGCCGUCCGUUGUCAACACAGAGUGUCACCAGCACUGACUCAGGAGACAGUGAAGAGAAUUAUGUUGCAAUGCAGAAUCCGAUUUCUACCUCCCCAAUGAAUGCUGUGACUGGCAGUCCUAUUACCAGGAAGAUCGGAAGUGUUGAUUAUUUAUCCUUGGAUUUCCAACCCAGUUCUCCUGGUCCUCAUCGAAAGCCUUCCACGUCGUCCGUGACAUCAGAUGAAAAAGUGGACUAUGUGCAAGUGGACAAGGAAAGGACCCAAGCUCUACAGAACACCAUGCAGGAGUGGACCGACGUGAGGCAAUCCUGUGAGGCUCUGAAGAGUCUGAAGUAGCAAUACAUCUGAUGAAGAGUAGAAAGAUAAACUAUUUUCUUAAAAAAUCUGGAUUUUCUGGUACAAGUUAUGUCAGAAAUGGAGAAAAGGUAUUAUCUUACGAAAUGCCUCAAAACUUUUAAAGUGGCUUCCCUUCGCCUUUUGAUAAAAGCAGCCGCUUUAUUCCACCUGUUCACAUCAGAAGGUUCAUUCUCAGAACAGUUCACGGGCAUUAGCUGAAGCAGGUUUCACAGUCCUCAAGCAUUCACAGCAACUAAUUAUCCUCUGUUGUCCUUUAUUAGAAUAAAAUACUUGUCUCUCUGAUUAGAAUUCUGCAACACAAGGUGAGAUAACCAACUAUUUUUUUGCAACACUGUUAUAGAGAAGUUUGUGAAACUAGCACUAGUGACAAGUCUAUGACCACUUAUUUAAAGAAUCCCAUGGGAACUUGUAAUGUUUGCUUACAAAAUUGAAUUGGGAUAGUUGACGCAGAAAUAUUUAAACAAAUAAGAACAUUCCAAAUCAUGUACACUUAAUAAGGACUGAAGCAUCAUUGAAUUAUUUCAGCAUGUGAUAAUUAGCUGAAAUAAACUCUCAGAUGAAUUUUUAACUUGUAAUUUAAUCUUAAAAUGCAAAGCAAAAAAAACUGCAGGUGUUGGAAAUCGGAAAUAAAAACAGACAUGCUGGAAAUGAUGAGCAUUUUUCAAGCAGCAUAUGUGGAGAGAAAAGCAUGUAAAUGUUUCAAAUGAACCUUUCAUCAGAACAUAAAAUGGUGAUUCAAUGAAAAUUGGGCUAUUUCAAUAACAGUUAAUUAUUAAGCAUUCUGGUUUAACCUGCAAGCGACAAGUUGAAAACCAAACCCUAACAACUGAGGAAUUUCCACCUCUUUCUAUUUGAGGAGGUAGCUCACAAAUGAAGAUUUCUACUCCAGGCAGGGUACCCCAUAAAAUAUAGGAAGGUACUUCAAGAAAUGACAGGGCUCUUUAGAAAUUUUAAGGAGCACACCAGAUGGAAUUUUCAUGAUUUCACAGUGUGGAAGACUGAGUAAAUUCCUUUGCAACAAGUCACUUCACAACUGAUAUCACUAUAACUUUAAAAAUCGUUUAGCAAAAAAGCAGGGCAGUUCAUGACUUUAGUCUUCAAAAACCACUGAACGAUGCAUGUUUGCUUACCAUUAUGAAUUUUAAUACUAGCCAACAUAAUUUAUAAUAUUUAAAACAUUAAUUCUAAGGUUGAUUUAUUUAAAAUGACAAAUACCUAGUUAUGUAUGGUGAAAUGAUUAUUAUUGGAAGUGGUGUUGUUUACAAAUCCUUCCAAACAAAUUGAAUCGUUUUCAUUAUUUUAUUGUUCUUAGGCAAAAAAGCAAAACAAAUAGAUUUG